UCACGAGGAUGGGGAAGUCAGUGACCCUUGGGGGUCAGUAUGAAACGUUGUUUGGGCUUCCACCCAGCAAGAAGGAUUACCGCUAGCUCGUGAAUGACGCCAUGAUGCUGACGUGUAAGUUGAUUGGGAAAGGCCAGACGUUGGCCUUAAGAAGGACCCGGGCUACCCUUCCGGUAGUCCACGAGCUCCCGCCUUCUCAAUGAGAGGACUCACCAGCUAUCGAAGGCGAAGAGCAAGAAGAGGAUGAGGUGCCUCUUGUACGUAAGAGGCGGGUUCCUGAGGCUUCUCGGGAACUCGAUUUAGAACAAGCUGCGUCAGGGGCAACAACUGUCCCCUCCGGCCAAGGUAACCCAUACCCUUAUAGGGAACUAGACAGAGCUGUUGCUGAUUUUAGGUUAGUUAGACUUAACCCUAAUCAGCUCGUCCACCGUCACCCUAACAAUCUAGACCGCAAUGUCACCAUCCUCCAGUGUGUGGAUCACUUUGUGUUGUGCCAUGAUACUAGUUACCCUAAGGGUACCAUUGUUUUAGAUAACACCCUAAAUUUUAGGUCCGCCAUUUUUGAGGAGUAUGAGACCAAUCUUAGGUUAUGGCCUUCUUUGCUCCAAGGCGCCUUUUCCCCUAGAUUUAGGCAGUAUGUAGACGAGUCUAGCCCUAAGGUAACCUGAGCCCGAACCUCCUAGGGUCCAAGAAAUAUUAGACUUAGAUUCUCCUUCCCCUCCAGUAGUCCUAAGGUCGGAGGUCGUGAUAAUAGACUCCUCCCCCAGCCCGGCGGGUAGGAUCUUUAUUUAUUUCCUUUGUGUAUGUUUUUGACUUUACUUGUGAACUAAUCCCCUUUUUAUUCUUUUCAGGCGACGAGAUGGAACAAACCAGAGCUCCUGACCUCCAUACGGCUUUCCAGGGCGGGAAGUCCGGCUCGGGCCCUAUCGUGAAGAGGCCCCGAUUUACAAAGAAAGCCCCUCCUGCGGUAGGAAAUACCUCAAAAUCUCCUGCUAAGAGGAAAGGCACGAGCUUGACAACUCAGACGUCUACUGUGACUGAGAAGAGGAUUCCUCAUCCUCCCCCUCCACCUCGGUUCACGUCUUCUCGGGAUCAGGUAAUACAAGCUGAUCCCCCUGCUCCUCCUGCCCCAGCUGCUACUGUGCGCAUACUAGUUGAUCCCCAGGAUCUGGAGAAGAUCCCCGAAGCCUUUUGGGGAAUCCUCUACGAGACAGCGAGCCACAUGGUGGGGCACGCUUACAGAGCCACCUUGAGGGACUUGAGGAUGAUAGAGGAGCAAUGCACGGAGAACGUCCUGGAGUCUUCCUUGGGGAUGACCUUCACAUCUACCCUGGCUCAGCACCGUAGCAUAGCCCGAGCUAGGGCUAGAAAUGAUGAGCUCCAGGCAAAACUCAAUGCCCACCAAGACCGCACUGACCGUUGCUCACGAAGGCGAGCAAGCUGCCUUUGCAGCUGCUCAAAAGAGCGAGUAUGAUGCCAAGUUCGCCCUUGCCUCACCUCAGGAAAGCGAGCAGGCUGCAAAGAUUGCCUUGGGUGCUUUGCAGGCCCAAAUUGCCCAGCUCUAGGCCAAGGUUGCUGAGGCUAAAGCAAAACAGCUAGAGGCCGAGGCUGCAGUUAAAGAAGAGAAGGCGGUCUCACUAUCCUCCAUGGAAGAUAUGUUGUACCAUUGUUGGGCUUUUAACUAGGAUGGAAACUUUUCUUUCAUGGCUCCCGAGCUGUGGGAUCCAUAUCUUGAAAAAUUCAAGGCCCGGAUCUUGCAAGUGCUGUCGGAAACGGGGGAUGCUUCUACAGCGGGCGAGCAGGAAAUCGAGGAGGUUACAUCCUCAGAGCAUCCUGGAGGGGCUC